UACUAUUACACCACACAAUAAUUUUUUUGUGAAAUAUUUUUAUCCCCCAACAUUCCUGGAAAUUGCAUACCCUCGGAGCAUUGUGUGACACAGUCACGCUCCCAGAUCUUGAGAGAGCCAGUGUUGCAAGCCCUUUUGCAACAGCUCUUUCUUUCCGGCAGUGCUGUGUGAUUUGUGCAAGUGGUCUAUGCAGCACUAUGCUCAGCUGUCUUGCAGCAUGCUAGAUCCUGAGGGCAGUGUGGAGCACAGGGCUUCCUCCUCCUUCUUCAGAGUUUUUCUCAUCCCUCUAGCCAUGCUCCUUGCUGUAGCCGCGCUGUUUUUCUUAGCAUUCGCCGCCUCGCAGCAGAAAGAGAACGAUUUUUAUACAUUUAAACUGGUAAACAUCAGGGGCAAACUAGUCUCUCUGGAGAAAUACAGAGGCUCGGUAUCUCUGGUCGUCAAUGUUGCAAGUGAGUGUGGAUUUACAGAUAGCCACUACAAAGCUCUACAACAAUUACAGAGAGACCUUGGCCCGCAUCAUUUUAAUGUGCUGGCAUUCCCAUGUAAUCAAUUUGGGCAGCAAGAACCAGACAGUAACAAAGAAAUUGAGAGCUUUGCCCGAAAGACUUAUGGUGCCUCCUUUCCUAUGUUCAGCAAAACUGCCGUCACAGGUGCUGGUGCUAAUGCUGCCUUCAAAUAUUUAAUUGAAUCCACAGGAGAAGAACCAACCUGGAACUUCUGGAAGUACCUGAUAGCCCCUAAUGGGAAAGUAGUAAAGGCUUGGGACUCAACUGUCACUAUUGAAGAGAUAAAACCUUACAUCACUGAGCUUGUGAGGAAAAUCAUCCUGAAGCAGAAAGAUGAACUGUGACUUUCAAAAGUCCCAUCACAUCUAUUAUACCUUGAUUGAUCAUAAGGACUGUAAUUUGACUGUUUGCAUUCCAAAAGAGGAAAUAGAGGGACAGGAAAUCAUUAUGACUAAUUGAAGUUUUCCCCGUUAUCCUAAGAAUACAGGAAACAAUAACUGAAUGUGGUAAAAGGUGAUUUAACUUAGGUUUGUGCUAUCAUUACAAAGUUACUGAAUUUAAUAUGUGCCUUCUCGGAAAGAAAAUUAUCAGCCAUUUGUUCAUUUUACUAACUCAAAUCAUGAAUUGUUGAUGGUAUUAAUAAGAGCCAAUUAGGAUCUUUUUGGCAGCCAGGCUCAGUUCAGUAGAAUUUCCUUAGAGAGACCUUACUAGCAACUGCAAUUCAUUUGUCAUAAUUUUGACCAUGAAUUUCAUUUAAAAAUGCAACCCAAAGUAGAAGAGUGCACUCGGCGUAGUAUGGACGCAGUUAUAAGGGGCAGGCAAAAAUAGGUUUCCUCAAAGCAGACACGCUUAUAAUGAUAUGUGUCUGCUUAGUUAUAAAGGACAGACACUUCACUUUCUUUAUUUGUGUCAUGGGUAACUGGGGGAGAAGGGCAUGGGGAGGCCUCAUCUGUAGAACCGAAAUAAAAGACAACAUUUCCUACAAAAAGAUUCUCCAUAAGUUGUGUGAACUGUCUUUAAAUUCUUUGUUUAAAAAAGGGUUACUGAGUGACAUUAGUAAAAUCUGUAUAAUUAAUUUGAACAUCUAUAGGGCCAGAUUCUCCUCUGGCUAAAUCAGUUUAGCACCAUUAAAAUCAACGAGCUAAGAUGAUUUAUCCCAGCUGAGAAUCUACCCCUAUUGUUAGGUUUCUUUUUUCAAAAAGUUUUUGUAUGGUGCUUCAUGUUUUGGGAGAAAGAACAGUACUGAUUCUGAGUCAGAGUUAAGGUGGUUUUGAAAUCUGCUGGCACCAUAUGAAUAAUGUGUUUAUUUUGUGGGCAAUGUAACAUUAAUGAUAUCGUUGUUUAUUCAGUUUUAAGUGCUUCGUUUUGAUAAGUGAUGUGAUAGCCAAGUCCUCUGAUAUCACCCAGAAACUUUAAUUAUUUUUAAAAUGUAGCCAAAUGUAAGACAGCAUUUUUAAACUUUUAAAUAAAUGGGAUUGGACAGAUUAUUAAAUUAAAGGAAUUAGUGGUGCUGUCCAAGUUUAAUGGCUUCUGCAAAGCCCUGCCUCAUUCAAAGCACAUCUGACAAAAGCACACACAUUUACCGUGGGCUGCUCUAGUGUUUGAUCUGCUGCCCUAGGUCCCCUGUGGAACCUGGGAAGCAGAGAAUAGCCUUAUAAAUAUAGAAACGUGUUCCCAAGGUACCUGGUUGCACACGCUAAAUAAAUAAAUAAAUGUUCCCAGUACUCUUUGCAGGUGGUGGUGGUUUUGUGUUUGUGGGGAGGCGGGGGAGCUUAGGAGUGGAUUAGAGCAGGCCUGGCAUCGUCUGUGCCAGCUGGUGAGGCUCUUUUAUGUAGGGUAUAUUCUCAGGGGAUUGUUUCUGCCAAAGCAGCAAAAAGGGUCCUUGGUAUAACAGAGAAUUAUAUACCAGUACAGUAUAAGGGGGCUACAGCAUAAUAAAAAAAUGAGACUACUCAGUUCCUCAGUCAGGAAAAUGGACCUGUACCACAUUUCACCCUAGACCAAAGGGUGGAUCAUGCAGGAAGGAGAAUCAUUAAACCAGAUCCUGACCUUUCCUUUAACUCUGGAAAGUAGCCUUGGCCAAUUCAGAGCUCCAUGGUGAAAAUAUUCUCAGUCACUGUGAUAUUUUUUUUCCUCAGUUUCACUGACAGAAUCAUGACAAGUGAACAAGUAAUGGAAAUUUCUUACGCAUUUUACUGUUUUUGCUUUUGAAAACUGCCUCUUGUCUAAACCAAUGUUAAAAUCUAUGUUCAGUUUAUAAUUCAAAUCUUGUGGUGUAAUGUGAUUGCAUUGAGCUAAUCUAAGGAUAGAGAGAAACAUUAGAAUAUGCAAAAUUUUCAAACUGGUGACACUUUAAAAUGUUUUAAUCUCAAAAGAUACUUACUCAGUUUAAUCAAAAUGUUCAAAAAACAUUCCAGUUGCCAGUGAGCCUUAACCCUAAUUAUUUGAAAGCAUAAAGAUUUCUAUCUUUCUUGGGGGAUAGGGAGAUGGGCAAUAGGGAGAGGAAGUGGUUCUUACAAGGAAGAUUAAAUCUGCCUUAAAAUUGGACUGUGAUUGGAACCUUAAAAAUGGCAAUAUUCUCCGCUCGCUAAUAUAAAACUUCAUAGACCUAUUCAGCUGAGAUAAAAGCUCUGUUACUUUAGCUCCAAAAGUAUGAGGCUACUACCACUUAAGCUAAAACAAAGAUCUCUGUUAGCUGUCACCUACAGAAACACUCAUAGGGUAUCUUUUUUAGCAUAGCCAAUCAGUGGAGGGUAACAUGUUCUUGCACACAUGGUGUCUACGCUACACCGUUAACUGAGGCUCUUACUUAGGUUUUAGCCUUACCCCUCCCUGCCAUCCAUACAGAAAAACUUCUGACCUGGGUUUGGAGGUGCUUUAAGCCUAGGUUAGCUUACUCAGGUGUCGGGGGUUAAAGCUGAGGUUGGAGCCUGCCUAUUUUGCAAUGAGGACAUAGGCAAAAUCAUUUAAAUGCUGAUAGUCCUCCAAUGCCUUCCCAUAGUUUCCCUGCAAAAAAAUACACAAGUUCUCCCACAGUUGACAGGGAAAGAAUCCUAGAGCAUCUCAGCACAAAGAACCAAGGGGUACGCAAUGCCUGUCAAUUGUGGGAUAACUUUUCUACCCUUUGAGGGGAACUGUGGGAAGGCACUGGAGGACUAUCAGCACUAGAUAGUAAAAUAAGGCAAUUAUUUAUAAAACAAGCUCUAGGGGCCAGCAUGCUCCUAACCCUAGGAUGCUUUAAAAAAGUAUAAUAUUGCCCAGUUCUAAUAUUGUUGACACAGUAAAGCUGAUUUGUGCUGCAUAGUGUUUUUAAAAUGGUAAAACAAUAAACUUUUUUAGCAUUUUG